AUGGAAGAACCAACCAAGGAUCACAGGCAGGGAGUGAACUUCAUACCUCCAGUGCCAUAUCCCCAAAGGUUCAACAAGGAGACGAAGGACCAACACUUCCCUAAAUUCCAUGAAGUCUUCAAGAAAUUGGAGAUCAACAUCCCCCUGGCUGAGGCAUUAGAGCAGAUGCCUCUAUAUGUGAAAUUCUUGAAAGAGAUCAUCAACAAAAAGAGAAGUUGGCAAGAGAAGGAAACAGUGCUGCUCACUAAAGAAUGUAGGGCAUUAAUUCAAAAAGGGCUUCCACCCAAACUUGAAGAUCUUGGAAGUUUUCUUCUACCUUGUACCAUCGGCAGUAUGAUCAUCAACAAGGCAAUGUGUGACUUAGGGGCUAGUAUCAAUCUGAUGCGCUAUUCUCUGGUGAGAAAGCUGUGCAUAGAGGAAGUGAAGCCAAUACAAAUGUCUCUAGAAUUGGUGGAUAAGUUAGUGAUAUGUCCCAGGGGUGUGAUUGAAAACCUUCUAGUUAAGGUGGACAAAUUCAUAUUCCCUGCAGACUUUGUGGUCUUAGACUCAGAUGAGGAUGAAGGUGAUUCCAUUAUACUUGGAAGACCAUUCUUGGCCACAGCUAGGGCCAUUAUAGAUGUGGAGCAAGGAGAGCUGACCCUUAGAAUGCAUGAUGAAAGCAUCACUCUGAAUGUAUUUCCAGAAACACAGCUCAUUGAUGAAAAGAAGAAUUGCAUGGAAACUGACAAGGAAGACUUGCAGUGGAAGGAAGGAAUCAACAAGACAACCAUUAAUUACCUUCCAAAGUAA